CAUGGUGGAACGCUUUGUGUUUUAGCCUCGGAUUGCAAACCAUGCUCUCAACUUCGUGUCCCAGUCUCAGCACCCAGCUCCUCCUCAUCCUUGUCCCCGACCUCUAUUCCAGAAGACGUCUUCUUUAGCAGUUCACCUGAGGACAAGAUAAAUUUCUUGAUUGAGAGCAACGAGUGCAGCAGUGAGGAGGACCUUUUAGACCUCUGCUCUUCUCUGAGAGAUUCUGAAUAUUUCAGAGACCUGCAACUCGGAUCCACUGAACCACCUGACAAACAACUUCUGGUCUUAACUUUACCUAUUUCUGACAAAAGUACAGCCCCUUUGGUACCUCCUGCGUCCACACCAGACAGUCGAUCUAGGCAGAGUUCAACAGAGUUCGACAGCCAUCAACUUUUCCAGACAGACAACACCGUGAUUUCCACUGGAGGGGAUGCCAUGGAUCGCUUGGUUGCUAUCAGAAAUUCAGAGUUCCAGGAUUAUCCGGAAUCCGAGCAAGAUGAGGACUCAGACACGGAUAACUUUCCUGCAUUGGUUAGAUCCAUGUCCACAUCACGUAGACACAGCUGGGAAGUGCCAGUGUCGCCGAUUGACCUGGGAAGAAGGUUCAGUCUAGACACUAAUGGCAUUGACAGUGAUGGGGAAAGAGAGGUCCACUGUUUGACCAAAAGUCCCCUUCUACCAUCUUCCUCCUUCUCCGAAAGCUCAGUGGAAGAAACGACGGGUGCUGUGGAAAGUGAAAGCCCCAAAAAAACAAAGCCACCUACACCAGCAAAGACAGUAUAUUCCAGAUCUGAGAUUCUCGCGACUGAUGAAAAAUCCCAAGCUGACAGAGUCUCCCGCAUACUGGAGACUUCUAAGCAGGCUGCCAGAGAGGCUGGAGAAGAGCAGGAGUCGGAAGAGGGGCUGCAGUCAGUAGAAGGACGGAGUCAUGUGCUGAUGGUACAGAAAGUUCUGCAGGAGCUUAAGCAGUAUCAUGGAGCUAAACACAGAACUUCAAGCACAGAAAGAAAGGAGGUGACGGGGAAUUUCACGUGGUAUGAGUUUCUUACCAUUGACAAUGACGGAGAAGAGGAGGAAAGACCUGAGCGUCCAGAAAAAGGUACCAAAGUCAAGCGGACUCUGAGCUCACUGAGGAACCGCAUGACCGGAUCCUUCAACAAAGACAAAGGUAAGACUCGAGAGAGAGAGCAGCAGAAAGAGAAAAGCAGAGAGAGAGACAAGGACAAAGAGAAAGAGUUGCGUGAGCGUGUGAAAGUGCGGCGCCGCAGCGUGAGCGGCCACCAGCUCGUGCCUGGCUCAUUCUCCACCUGGGCGACAUGUUCACUGUGCAGCAAGACCCUGCAGAGGAAGCAUGGCCUGCAGUGCUUGAACUGCGCCGUCAACGUCCACAAGAGCUGCAAGAACCUGCUGCCCGAGUGCAGCAGCAAAAACAAGAAGACGUCAAACGCCGCAACUCAGUCGCAUAGUCAAGCUCUGAGGGAACCCUGCUCUGCCCUGACUCCCGUCGAUGGCUCGUCCAGGACGUCUCGCUCUGCUUCAGGUAUGACCGUUCCACCCAAAGGACACAACACCCAACCAGCCGCCUCCAGCAACCCUACAGUCAGCCACAACAACAGCGGCUCUAUCACAGGAGAGAUGGAUGAAGUUGACGCAUUCAGGAUGAAGCGCCCCGCUGACGACACUGUAUCUCUCGCCUCCACGAUGCCCGAGUCUCUCAUCGUUGAAGAUGCGUAUUACACCACAGUACGAGGGGAACUGGAAGCCAUCACACAAGAUUUCGAGGUGGAGUCCUGGAAUCUGGCUGUGGAUCAGCACUUCUUAAAGAAACAUUCGAAGGAAAUUAUCAAGAGACAGGAUGUUAUAUAUGAGCUCAUCCAGACGGAGAUACACCACGUGUGGACGCUCAAGAUCAUGCUCCGCGUUUACGCUCGAGACCUGCGGGAGGCACUACAGCUGGACGACAGGAGGCUGGACUGUCUGUUUCCCCGGCUGGACAGCCUGCUGGAGCUGCACAGCCACUUCCUGUCCCGCCUCCGGGAGCGUCGCGCAGAGUCCCUGCAGCCUGGCAGCGAAUGCAACUAUGUCAUCCAUAAACUCUCAGAUAUCCUUAUAUCCCAGUUUUCCGGAGAGCUUGGAGAGCGAAUGAAGGAAAGUUAUGGGGAUUUCUGCAGUCGGCACACUGAAGCAGUCAACUACUACAAAGAGCAGCUGCAGAGCCACAAGAAGUUCCAGAACCUCAUGAGAAAAAUCAGUAAUCUGUCAAUAGUGCGGCGGUUAGGCGUUCCAGAGUGUAUCUUGCUGGUGACACAGCGAAUCACCAAGUAUCCUGUUCUUCUGGAGCGCAUCCUGCACAACACAGAAGCCGGGACAGAGGAACAUGAAGGAUUAGCACAGGCUCUCAGUCUAAUCAAAGAUGCCAUCGUUCAGGUGGACGCCCAGGUCAGUCUCUAUGAGAAGGAAGCGCGGCUCAGGGAUGUCGUCUCCAAGAUGGAGCCCAAGUCGCUGGGGAAAAUCAAAGACGGACGUGUUUUCCGGAAGGAGGACCUUUCUCAGGGCCGCCGCAAGCUCUUGUACGAGGGCAUGGUCAACUGGAAAGCUGCAUCUGGUCGACUCAAAGAUAUUCUAGCUCUACUUCUUACUGAUGUUCUCAUCUUGUUGCAAGAAAAGGACCAGAGAUUUGUGUUCUCGACUGUGGACAACAAGCCUUCCGUUAUUUCACUGCAGAAGUUGAUUGUGCGUGAGGUGGCACACGAGGAGCGGGCCAUGUUCCUCAUCUGCGCCUCAUCUAACGAACCUGAGAUGUACGAAAUCCACACAAGCUCAAAAGAAGACCGCAACACAUGGAUCACCCACAUUCGUCAGGCCGUGGAGAGCUGUCCACAUAUCGAAGAGAGAUUGUUUAGUGAGGAAGAAGAAGCCAGAGUCGCCCGGUUCCGAGAGUUUCAAGAUCGCCUGACGUUGAAGGAUGCUCAGAUCGUCCAGAGCCUCACGGAGAAGCUGCAGUUGUUUGCAGAGCUGGCUGAAUCUGUGGCCGGUCUAGAGGACACCAGCUCUCGCUCCCGCCUGCUGCUGCGGGGCGACGCCUCGGACCUCCAGCAGGGGGAGCAGCUGCUCAAAGGAGCCAUUACUGAAGCGGAGAACCUGCAGAACCUCCUUGCAUCUGGAGCUCGGGAAGCAUCUCCACAGACUGAGGGGAACCAGAGUCCGUCCUUGAGUUUGCUGCCACGCAGAGCAGACACCUUUAGCGGCUACGAUAGCAUUCCUAGCAAACUGUCUACAAACGGCAGUAUUAAGAAGAAGGUUCCCGGAGCAGCCGGCAGGUCCAGGGACAGGAGUCAACGGGCCAGCUCUGAUCCACAGCUCAAAGAGGUGUACACAUGUCAGGACCGGGAUGUGCGGGAUGAGGCCUUCUCAUCCGGCUUGCACAAAAUGUGGUCCACCUGUAAAUUUCCAGAAUCAGAGUUCUAUAAGCGAGUGCUGCUGCUGUCCCAGAGGCUGUACAGUUUACAGGCCAUAAUCUCUCAGCAGGACAGCCACAUUGAGCUCCAGCGGGCUUCUCUCCUCACCGCCGAGCGGGAACGUCCCGGCAGCCGGAACCGUGGCACAGACGUGCUCCUGGAGCAGGAAAAGCAGCGCAACUUGGAGAAGCACCGCGAGGAGCUCGCCAACUUCCAGAGGCUGCAGAGCCAGCAUCGGCAGGAGCAGGCGCGCUGGGAACGGGAGCGGGAGAAGCAGCGGCGGCAGGCGGAGGCGGCUGAGCAGCGGCUGAAGGAGCGGGAGGAGGAGUGUCGGCGACUGGAGCUGCGUUUGGCCGAGGAGAGGCAGGAACUCGAGAGGCAAAGGCAGACGUACCAGCAAGACCUGGAGAGGCUGAGAGAGUCCACACGUGCUGUUGAGAAAGAGAGAGAGCGGUUAGAGCAACAGAGGAAGUUGAAGAAGCACAACACUGUGCCAAAUACGGCAGCACUGUAUGCACAGGAAGUUGGACAGCUUUCCAGUUCCUCCAGCUUCAACGGUGAGCUGCCGCUCGGUGGAGCAUGGGAUCAGACGCUUCCUCUAAAGUCACACCUGCGGGUCUCUCUCUCAGUGUCCCCCGCCGACUACCUGGAGCGUCCCGAAGUCCACUCGCGACGCGAGAGCUCCUGCAGCACCCUGCUGGCCAAGACGGAGGUUCCCAUCCAUCUCAUCAGCACCACCAACCAGCUACACAAGCAGGGCAGCGUCCAGCAGCAGAUACCAACCAAACUCGCCGCCCUCAGCAAGGGCAAGGAGAAGAGCGGGAAGGGCAAGAGUUCGCACCGCACCGACAGUUCUGCUUCUGGUGACAUGAAGCAGAUGCUGCCCAUCAAGCUGUCAUCAAGGGAUUCGGACGGAGGUCACAAAGCACGCCGGCCCAUCAGCCCCCACCAACCUCAACAUUCAGAUUCCCUCAACCCUCCAGAUGCUCAUACGGAUGCCCAGUCUAGCCUCGCGCCCGCUGUUCUCAAAACCCAUAACCAGACCUCCCAGACCGCCCUCCCGUACACUGGUAGCGGCCAAGCUGCCAAGGAGGACGUUAUCUAUUUCUGAGGCAUCUGAUGGGUGCAAAGACAUUGCGUUGGCGUUUUGGACAAUAUUUUACUAAAGGAACAUAUUUUAAUCUUCCUAGUCUUAGAAACUAACACGUUUUAUUGAAGCCUGUAAAUUACAACAAAGAAAAAAAUGUGUUUUAGUUUGUAUGAAAAAAAUAAAAAAAGGCUCACUGUUUGUCCAGAAAACCCAAAGACUUUGACGGACAGCUUCACGUGAAGGACCGUUCUGUAGCAUGCGCUCCAAAUGGACCAUAUGAAGGGCAAAUGGAUGUUGCUUAUUGUUGUGGUGAGCAAUUUUGCACAGCGUCAACGUCCCAUUUAAUUUCAAACACAGUAUUUGGGAUGACUGUUUUCUGUUGGAUUUGUUCGGUUUCAUUUGCGGUCACUCUGGAACAUUAUUGCUUAUGGAAAAUGACAUAUGUUGACAUUUUGAAGUUUUAGUCAGUUUGUUCUCACUGGUUUAUUCAGUCAUUUUUGACUGUACACUGUAUAAACUUGGCUGGAUUUCAACUUUCAACCUAAAAGAUUAUUUGAUUUCAGAAAAGCCAACUCCAUUUAAGUGGUCAUUUCAUUCAAGUGGUGCAUCUUUUUAGAGAUUUCCUCCAGAUGUUCACAAAAAAAGCAGUGGAUGUGAAGAGAAUUCAAGAUUUUUUCUGUUUUUAAUUUAUAUGUUAAUAGAUCUUUCAAAUGGAGAGAACAGUUAUCUCGGUAUUUUGAGAUUACUCAAAUAAAAAUCAAAUGAAGGAUACAAAUGUUUUAGACAGUAAAUGUUUUCUCCUUUCCAAAUGAUCAAAAAGUCAAUUUAGGACUUGACUGAAAUACACCUGAAACGCAUGACAGCUCUCAAUGGCCAGGUCAUUAAUUACCCUGAAAAAUCAAAAGGAAAAAAAUCAAUACCGUAAUGCAGAACCAAUGUCAUUACCGUGAUGCAAAGAAAAUUGUUUAAAUUGUUUUGAAAUUAUUUAAAUAAAACAAAAUUAUAAGUAUACAUCAUAGUAGUGUUUUUGCUUUAGUGUUUUUAAUGUAUUAAACAUUUUUUACUGAACAAAUAGAUUCUUGUUACUGUAUUACAGAUUUUUUUGCAUUACGGUAUUGAGGACUUUUGGGGGAAAAAUGUUUAAUUGAAUUAAAUCAUACCAAAAUAGGUUUUGCGUUUUUGCAUUUCCUCCCUUUAUGACCCACAUUAAUUUCAUUCCACAUCUAAUUGAAGUCUCUAAAGUUGUCAAGCAUUUUUUCUGUUCUGAAGCUGACCACACAAACAGCAUGUGUGAUGUAAUACUCUGGAUUUCAGAGUAAUGCCACCAGACUUGGAUUUAAACCAUUCCGUUUCUAUAUCGAGCCCAUGAGCUGUGAGUAUGAAGCCAUUGACUGAUCGCUGUCGUUCGUUUCCUGCGACCAUAUGACUUGUAUGUAUAUGUUGUACAUAGAGUUUCCUUCUAACAUAGACGAGAUGUAGAUAUUAUGCCAGGAUGUCAUGUGACCACUGAAAUUACAGAUGAUCAAUUUGGGUAUAGUUUUCUUCAUUUCGUUUUGUAGGCACUUUUUUUUUUUUCUUGAAAAAACGAAUCUGUCUUGAGUUAUUAUUUUAGUAAAAAAAAAAAUAAAAAGCAUUGCUUUUGGAUAACAUUUCACCUGUUCCACUUGACAGAAGUAGUAUUUUUGGCAUUUAUAAAAACAGCUUGAUAUGAUAUUCAUCCAAUAUUUUGUGUUUCUAGGUCGAAUGCUUUCCCAGUGAAGGGAUAUUUUCACGUUGUAGCAGAUCGGUUUUGACUGUCAGUGAUGCAUAAAUAAAUGCCACGUGAUGUUGAUGUAAUAAUGAAGUUAGUGACUAAAUGCUGUUUGUCUCACUCCUUUAGCUGCAGCGCACUUUACCCCAGAAAGAAUUGUUUUCUUGUAUUUGUUCAACUGUGAGCUUAAAAAAACAUGUUGCUUUAAAUUGUCACUUGAUCAGGCCGGCAUUCAUUGUGACUGUAGCUUGUUGGCGUCUGUGAUUGUAUGACAUAUUUUAUACAUAUGUUAUUCCUUUGCGAAGAGGAUGUCUUGUCAGAUAUUGUCAAAUAAUUUCUUUAAAAAAAAAAUUCUGUUUCCAGUUACACUAGCCACUUUUCAAUACCAGCAAACUUUAAGGGGACCUCAAGUGUUAAUAUUUCUGAUGUUCUGUGUCUUACAUUUUUAGCACGCAAGGCCAGUGUGAAUUUUUUUUUUUUUUCUACCACAGCAUUGUACUCGCUCUACCGAUCAAAAAUAGAAAUACUUGUGAACACUUAAAACUGCUGCCUUUAGAGACAUUUUUAGUAAUAAAAUAA